AUGGAUUUCAUCGGCGAUUUGCUCAAUCAAAUGUCGUCCGCCUUCAACCAGGAGACGGCCAUCCCGAAGAAGGAGGAAAUCUCGAUGGACGAAACGCUCAAGUGGCGCGCCCUUAAGAAUAAUCAGUUUGCGUCCCGCACCCGUGUACAGGCAGCUGGUGGAGGAGCAAGUGGAGCCGGUGUCCGCAACACUCCUGCCAACGGUCGCAAAAGUGUCUCCGGUGGAGGUCCUAGCGGUGGUGGAGGCACAUCCAACGGCCAGCGGCACCAAACAGCCGGAAGGAUUGGUGGGAUUGACAGCAAGGACAGCGCCGCCGACGAAUCGCACGAGGACGACGACAACGAGGUCGAUUACGAAGGAAGCAGAUCGCCUACGGAGGAUCGCACGAAUCUCACGCCCGAGGUUGCGGAUGAGGACGACAUUGAGAUCGAAAUCGCGAAGGACAUCAGUGGGGAGGAGUUGCAGGAAGCGCUCGCAUUGAGCCAACUGGUGGAGGUGGAAGCGGACGAGCUGAAAAGUACGCCGGAAAUUGUGAUGGGAUCACGCGAGCUCGGUGGAUCGGAAGACAUGGAAAUGGCCGAUCGCAAGCUCUCCCCUUCGACGAUGGUGGGUGGAGAGCAGCGGGCUGGGCAGGAGACGAGCUCCACCGUGCAGGAGGAGGAGCUGGACAGUAAAUCCUCGCUGGAUGUGCCAUACAGUUGCAGUGCUAGCGCGAGUCCGUCAGCAUUUUCCUCCGGAAAGACGCACUCGAACGAUCUGGCACUGCUUCCUGCCAAGUACGACGUGGAUGAACCACUUCCGUCGGUACCAACGAUCGAUGUUGCGGGUACCGCGCCGAAGCUGGUGGAGGAGACACGGCGGACUGAUCGAGUCAUGACUGAGAAAACAAUCACUUCCGGAAUGGGUGAUGGUGUUACUACAGGCGAGGGUAGAGAGAAAUCGAUCGAAAGGAUCACGGAAGUUGAAACCAUACCAACGCUGGACGAUGACGAUGUUGAUGACGAUGAGGAUGACGUUCUCAUCAUCACCACAGACAGUGCGGAGGAGGUGGUCGAAUUGGCGGAAACUUCGAAAGAAGAUGAAGACGAUGAGGAGGAUAUGGAGUUACAGGAAGGGGAAGCAAUCGUUGUGCCAUUGGAGGCGUCAACAUCCGGUAGUUUGGUGCCGGCAGCGCCAAAGGACGAUUUAAACCCCGCAUCAGAAGGUGAAAGGGAAAAGAAACGCAACACUGUCGAUCCGAUGGAGGCCACAGAGAAUGUUCACGAAAUUGAGGAAGAAAAAUUUCAGCCAAAAGAAGCUCAGGAGCAGCGGCAGGAUGCUGCAGCACAAGACACCGUCGAAGGCGAUCGUAAGGAAGUGAAGUUUUCCGACACACUGAAAGCAAACCACAACGCAACACCGAAGGAGGACCGGAUCCGGCUGGCGAGUGGGGAAAAGGAGGAGGAAAAGUUCGACCUGGUCGAUGGAAACGAGAAAAUGCCCAUCGUUGAACACGAUGGGGGGACAGGCACGGCGGGGAGUGACGAUGGUGGGGUCGAUGCAGGAUCGACGGAACGAUCGCGCUCGGCCGGAAGGACAACACGCAGCAAAAAGACGACUAAUUCCACCGCGAAUGGAUCCCCUCCAGUGGCAGCGGCUGCUGUGACGCAUUCUCAGCGGCGAUCACAGCGCAUCCGGAAGGAGUCGUCGGGAUCGCCUGGUGAUGGGAAGGCGAAUGGAGAGAAUGCCAGCGUACCAGCGGUGAUCGUCGUGAAGGAAGAACCACAACCGGACGAGGUAGUCGGUGCCAAGAAACGCGCCACGAUCGGUGUGACUGGAGAGAGCAAACCAGGACCACGAUCCUCGGGGUUGAAAUCAGACCGAAGCCUACGAAGCAAACCGCUGGGAAAUGGACCGGCCGUGUUGACACGUCGCGCUUCGGAGACGGUGAAGGUUUCACUGGAGGAUUCGAAUGAAGCACCGGAUCAGGAUGCGGACAAAACGAUCGCCGGUCGCCGUGGUAGAAAGCGCUUGAGCCAGGAUCCGGCCGCGCUGGGUCCAGUGAGCGAAAAAGCGGCGUCACGCGAUGAUGCGGUAGGGUCGGGUGUGGUGCGCCGUACAAGUCGCUCGGGUUUUCCAUUGGAACCGGACGAAAGCGAUCCCGGAGACACCAAACAACCGGUUCAGGUGCAACAGGAGCAACAACAACCCCCAGUCCAACCGCCAGUACAGAACCGUCGUGGCAGAAAGCGAAAAAACCCAAUCCAUCCCGACGGAACAUCCGGUGCGUCGACAGCGUCCGGAGGAGCACCCGCCGAAAAGGUGCCGCAUCAUCCGUACAAACGAGCGGCAAGACAGUCACGGGACGGCAGUGACGGUAUCCUGGCGUCGGCUCUAGCGCGACGUGAUAAAGUCGACUCCCAGGGUCGACUGUCACGUCCGAUCAAGCUGUCAGCGAAGAUCCUGGCGAACGAGGAACUGCGCCAGGGUUUCGAGCAGCACAAUAACGGUCGGAUUAUUAUCGCCUCCGAACUUCCGGCCUCAGCUACAAUACCCGAAGAAAGCGAGCCGGUUGUGGAACGCAAUCGCGAUGAGGAACCGGGAAAACCUCGCAAAAACGCCCGAGAACCGAACGGAGUGUCCGUUGCCAGCUGCACCACGAUCGGGAGUUCCAGUGAGGAUGUUACGCUCGUGUCGGUGACACUGCCCGCACCGAAAACGGCCAAACGGGUGUUCUCCAACGAAGGAAGUGGACCGGAGAAUGCGUCUAGCAUGGUUCAGCAACCGGCAUCUGGCCGAAAACCCGCCGAAUCGUCUUCCUCUAGUCGUCAAACGGGUCGGGCGGAUGGUGCUGGUCGGCGUGUGGGAAGACCAUCGAUGAAUGUGACCGCACCUGUUCCCACCCGUCCGUGCCCGGAUGUGCAGACGUUCCUGCAGGAGGUGCGAAUGAUGCGUCUGGGUGUGAAUCGAUCACCGGAGGAAAAUCGCAAGCUCAACCGUCGUCAGUUAAAGCGGUUGGGAAAGUUGAAGGAAAAACACCUGCUUGCCCUGGGACUGCAACGUCGUGGUGCUCACCAGCACCAGCUUCGGAACGGUUCCGAUGCCAAAACCUCCGACGUCGAGCUGUCCGCUGGUGAGUCAGAAUCCAGUGGCAGUGAGGCGGAUUUUGUCCCACCACAAAAGAUCGGCACAGUCGGCAAACCGAGCGUAACGUUACGCCUACGCAAACCGGAAAGUCUGCUGGAACAUCCGCCAACUCGGACGAAGACAUCCUCCGCCGGUGCAUUGCCGUUGGUGGGAGUUCCCAGAGCAGGAGUUAAUAUGGGUCGUCAGACUGGUAACGCGCAGAUUCGGCAAGGUGGCAAAUCUGCCCACACCCGGACGGUGGCCAAUACCGCUCGUCGAACGUCGGCGGCCGUUGUUCUACCGGCAGCGAUGACAACCGUGGGCGCAAGACCAUCAGCAUCAUCCACGGCAGUCGUCAGUUCCACCGCGAAAGACCGCGAAACGGAACAGCUGCAGCGGUCACUACAACGACUCGGAUGUGAGGUUACGCUCAUACCGACACGUCCCACUCCGGUGGCCCAACCCAGUGGAUGGUCACAAUCCCGUACGAAGGAUAGCUCGAAAAGUGGCCACCAUCACCAGCAGCGUGUUCGUUCCGUGCAGGCUGGCACGGGUUCGGUUGUAAGCGCUACUUCACCCAGUUUGGAAAUUGUGCUGGAAAAACGACCUAGUGUCAGUUCCCCGCCAGUUCGUCAAACAACCGGUGGCGGUCUAUCGGUGGUGCCCUCUGCGGCCUCGAAAGUGGCGUUGGUUUGUCUUUGCACGCAAAAGUCGGACAUUUUUGUCGCGAGUACGAUCGGAAGUGGGUUCUGCACCGCGGUGGAUGACAUCGAUGGCCAACAGAUUGGGUGCUGCAACGAGCUGGCGAAUGAUCCGCUGAAUAUGCUGAGGCCGAGUGCCACGGUGAGCUUCCAGCUGCUGUGCAAUAUGCACCGGAAACGCCUGGAAGAUCACGGAUGUUGCACCGUGUGUGGAUGGUUCUGUACACAGGGUAAUUUUGCGAUGUGCAAAAAUGCGCACCUCUUCCAUCCGCACUGUGCGGAGAAGUACACGCUUAAUACUCCGUACAAUCCGGCUCGACCGAGUGAUCAUACCGCGCCAACGCUGGUACUCAAGUGUCCCCAUUGCAGCCAGGAAUGUCCAAACGGCGAGAUCCAGGUGAACAUCCAGCUAACAACGCCUCCAGUACUGCUGCCGUCGCGCAAGAGCAUUGUGAAACCUGCCAAAAUGACGGUUGCAAAACGCGGGAACAACACCGACGGUGGGAGUGGUUCCAAAAGCGCACACGAGAGUUUCCGUGCAACCGUGGAGUCGCUUGUACCGAGCAGCGUGAAGAACAUGCUUUCCACCACGGAUCACAACCGGUUGAGUGCUAAUACUGCGGUCUCAGGAGAUGGAGUCAGCGCCAGGAGCAGCACGGCGAAGGACAAUGCCGCCGGAACGAAAAGUCGUUUUACGCCGAAAGAUUUCUCGCAUGCCGUUUGCACGAGGGUGGAUGAUUCACGUGUGUCGGAGAUCAUUACAUCCGGAUUUGACAUCGAGACACGGUUUCGGGAGUUUCGCUACGGUACCUGCCUGCACGUGGUGUCCAAUUAUGGCACACUAGCGAUGGCCUACUUGAUCAUGUGCCGAGCUCGGACGACCGAUUAUCUCAACAUCGUCGAUCGGGAGCUCCACACAGCGGUAAUGUGUGCUGUGCUGGGCGCGAAGAGUGACAUCGUAAAGCUGCUGCUGGAUAGCGGUGCCGAUGCCACACUCAAAGGCCCGUAUGGUAUGACCGUGCUUCACUUGGCGGCCAAACACGGGCAGCACGAAACCGUGCGCACGAUACUAGACUGCGCCCGGAAGCGCCUCACUGCCCGGGAACUGAUGGCGUUCGUGAACGCGAUCGAUAACGGCCACUGGACGGCGUUGGCGUGGGCUGCCGAGAACCGCUACAAGCAGACUGUCCAGCAGCUGAUUGAGAUCGGUGCCGACGUGAACGUGUGCGACCGGGAGAAUAACACCUCGCUGCACUGGGCAUCGCUGUCCGGGUGUUCCGAUACGCUGUACCUGCUCAUGACCAAAGGCUGCAAUCCGAACAUGCAGAAUACUAGCGGAGAGACGCCACUUCACAUUGCUUGCCGCCAGGGGCACGCUGACAUUUGUGUCGUGCUGCUGGCCCAAGGAGCAUCCCUCAGUAUCCGUAACACUGCCAAUGAACUGCCCCAGGACAUAAUUGAGAAUCGGAACAGCGAAUGUGCGGACAUCAUAGCUGCAAAUUUAAAAAUGCGCAGCCUGUCGAAGAACAUGAAAGAAAUGCACGUUCUCUGCAGUGACAUUUCUAAUGGCCGGGAACGCUAUCCGGUACAGGUUGUUUACUAUACCAGGGCCGGUAUAGAUCGGCAGCAUGCAAUGCCACAGUUCAAGUACGUCCAGCGCAAUGUCAAGAUCAACUGUCGCAUCCAACUGGAGACGGAUGUUCGCAAUAUGCGCGUUUGCUCGUGCAAAGACAGUUGUACGUCGGGCGAAUCAGAGUGUCUUUGCGCUGAGCAAACCUGGUACACGAACGAUGGCCGGCUGGUGAGUGACUUCAAUUACCUGGACCCACCAACCAUCGUCGAGUGUGGUGAUUCGUGUGACUGCAACCAGCGGCUGUGUCGGAAUCGGGUCGUUCAACACGGUCUGGAUGUACCGCUGCAGCUGCACUAUAUUCCCGGCAAGGCAUGGGGCGUACGAACGCUGCUACCCAUCCCGAAGGGCAGCUUUCUGAUCGAGUACGUCGGCGAGCUGCUAACGGACGAGGUCGCCAACCACAGGGAUGACGAUAGCUACCUCUUCGAUCUUGGUGUCGGCUACUGCAUCGAUGCCAGCGCUUACGGGAAUGUGAGUCGAUUUUUCAACCAUUCCUGCCAACCGAACGUUUCACCGGUGUCCGUGUAUUAUGAUCACCAAGAUCAACAAUUGCCGCGGGUGGCCCUGUUCGCCUGUCGCGACAUUGAGGCUCAGGAGGAAAUCUGCUUUGAUUAUGGUGAAAAGUUUUGGAUGGUAAAGAAAGGCACCCUACAGUGUCGAUGCAAUACGGGAAAAUGUCGUUACCGUAACGCUACCACAGAGUAA